AUGUCCGCCUCCGGGGGCUUUAAGGUCGUCAGGCCUAUACUUUCUAGAACUCCUGUGGAAGCAAAACGGAGAGUUCUGAAUCUGUACCGUGCUUGGUAUCGCCAACUUCCCUUCAUUAUAAAGGAAUAUGGGUUUACCUAUGUGACCGCUACUCUUCCGCAGUUGAAGCAAAAGUUGAGGGAGGAGUUUAUGAAAAACAAAGAUGUCAAGGACAUUCGCGUAGUUGAUCUGCUUGUACAUCGGGGUCAAAACGAUCUCCUGGAGGUUGCUCAUUUAUGGCGCUCUGAUUGCCAAGUCAUGGAUGUUUUCCGGGAAACUGCGGUCGAAAAACCGAGAGAUUUUCUUGCCAAAUUUCUUAGUGGGCAAUAG